AUGUUAAGGACAUAUUUUACAUUAGUUGACACUAAUAAAAUCGACAAAAAGUUCAUUAUGGCUAUUCUUAAAGUACAUGCUCGUCAAAUUUAUGAUUCCCGUGGUAAUCCAACUGUUGAAGUUGACCUCACCACAGACAAAGGAGUAUUCCGUGCUGCUGUACCAUCAGGAGCUUCUACUGGUAUUCAUGAGGCUCUUGAAAUGAGAGAUGGUGAUAAAUCUGUUCACCAUGGAAAAGGUGUUCUUAAUGCAAUUAAAAAUAUUAAUGAAAAAAUUGCACCAUCUCUUAUUGGAAAGAAUUUUAAUGUUACUGAUCAAGUUGGUAUUGAUAGAUUUAUGAUUGAAUUAGAUGGAACACCUAAUAAGAAUAAUCUUGGAGCAAAUGCUAUUCUUGGAGUUUCAAUGGCUGUUUGUAAAGCUGGAGCAGCUGAAUCUGGAUUACCAGUAUAUCAAUAUAUUGCAAAAUUAGCUGGAAUUGAUAAGGUUAUUCUUCCUGUACCAGCAUUCAAUGUUAUUAAUGGUGGUUCACAUGCUGGAAAUAAACUUGCUAUGCAAGAAUUUAUGAUUCUUCCAACAGGUGCAAGCAAUUUCCGUGAAGCUAUGCGUAUGGGAUCUGAAGUAUAUCAUCAUCUUAAAGCUGAAAUUAAAAAGAGAUAUGGUUUGGAUGCUACUGCUGUUGGUGAUGAAGGUGGUUUUGCUCCAAAUAUUCAAGACAACAAGGAAGGUCUUGAUCUUUUAAAUACAGCUAUUGAGAAAGCUGGAUAUAAAGGAAAAAUAGUCAUUGGUAUGGAUGUUGCUGCUUCUGAAUUUUAUAAAGAUGGAAAAUAUGAUCUUGAUUUUAAAAAUCCAAAUUCUAAUCCAUCAACAUAUCUUAGUGGUGAUGAACUUGCUGAUCUUUAUAGAAGUUUUAUCAAAGAAUAUCCAGUUGUAUCAAUUGAAGAUGCUUUUGAUCAAGAUGAUUGGGAAAAUUGGAGCAAACUCCAUGCCAGUACUUCAAUUCAACUUGUUGGAGACGAUCUUACUGUUACUAAUGUCAAAAGAAUUCAAACAGCUAUUGAGAAGAAAUCAUGUAACUGUCUUUUAUUGAAAGUUAAUCAAAUUGGUUCUGUAACUGAGUCAAUUGAGGCCGCCCAAUUGUCACGUAAAAAUGGAUGGGGUGUUAUGGUAUCACAUAGAUCAGGAGAAACCGAAGAUUACUUUAUCGCUGAUCUCGUUGUUGGUUUAGCUACAGGUCAAAUCAAAACUGGAGCUCCAUGCCGUUCUGAAAGAUUGGCCAAAUACAAUCAACUUCUCCGAAUUGAGGAAGAAUUAGGAGAUGGUGCUGUCUAUGCAGGACAAAAGUUUAGAAACCCACAAGCUUAA